CUCUCGAUCUCUCUAUUGAUCGCUAUAAAUAGGAGCUACCGUCUCUCAGGUUUAUGCACUGAAAUCUGUACUUAGCAAGCUUAAGAUAUAACUGGCAUUACCUCGUACUUGUUCACCAAUUUCUCCAUAGUCAUGGCCAUCUCCAAGACUUCUGUUGCCUGUUUCCUGCUAGUCGUUUCCGUCCUACUCGUCCAGCAGCUCGUUGAAGCCGAUGAUCGUAAGGCCACCGAGGGGUAUGCUAGGGGAAGCUCCCCACCUCAAAAAAUAGAUUGCGGAGGGGCGUGUACUGCUAGGUGCCAGUUAUCAUCGAGGCCGAGGCUGUGCAAGAGGGCAUGCGGGACAUGCUGCUCUCGCUGCAGCUGCGUACCGCCGGGGACUUCCGGCAACUACGAUGCCUGCCCCUGCUAUGCUAGCCUCACCACCCACGGCGGCCGGCGCAAGUGCCCUUGAAAAUAUUAUCGAUCCAUUGCGACCUCUCAACCUUUCUAUAUAUAUUUUUCUGUCUCUUAAUAAUAAUAAUAAAAAAAAAGCAACGUAAACGUUUGGGCACCCGAUUUCCUGAUCGGAUGUACUUAGCAAGUAGGAUGUCCAUAUAUGGUUUCAUGAAGCAGCGUGCUUAUGUAUGAUGUAUAAAUUUUCUCAAAUGGAGUGUCCUGUCUUUUGUCCUUUCUUA